AUGGCUCUGAUGGCAUUCAUCCUCAUUUUGGUGCUUCAGUUUGAAGGCAUCAGUGGACAACGCAUCACUCUCUUCAAAAGACCUGGAGACGAUGUCACUCUGCCCAGCGAUGGUGCAUCAGCCUCUGACAGUGCUUGCUCCACCGUUACCACCUGGCUUUACAACAGAGAUAGGUCUCGGGCAUCUAUUGCCGUUAUCAGUCCAAAUGUUAGGAUACAGUCAGUCCGAGCUGCCAGGUUCAGACUGGACACUAACUGCUCUCUGCACAUCAACAACAUCACUGAUGAGGAUGCUGGUCGCUACACCCGUCGACAGGCCAAUAAAGUGGACAUUAAUGUGAAUCUAAAUAUUUUGACAAUCACACCAUCUCCACCAGAUGCUGAUCCGCAGGGAGAUGGAAAUAUCACAUUAAGGUGUACUCUGCUGUCAUUCAGUGAGUGUCGAUCAAACAGCAUCCGUUGGGUGGAUGAGACAAGCUCUGUGCUGCGUGGUAAAGGUGUCGGAUACAAAGUCACCACACAGAAAGACUGUGCCUCUGUUCUGACUGUGACGCGUCAGAGUGGUCCCAACAGAAAAUACACCUGCCAGCGGAUUGAUGAGAUGAACAAUGUCCAGAUAGAGGAUCACUACACGCCUGUUUUCAAAGAUCCGCCUUACGACGUGAAAGCUGUGGUGGUGGUGGUGCUGCUGGUGGUGGUGGUGGUGGUGGCAGUGGUCGUCGUCAUCAUUACUGCUGUUUUCAUCAAAUUCAGAAAGAGAGACACAACAACAGAGGGUCAGUAA